AUGAGUGAAGGGUUAGCUUUAGCUUCUAUUCUAAUUUACUUCAGUGAAAUUUCCGACAAGGAAAUACGAGGAAUGUUAUGCUCCAGUGUUUCCGUCACGCUCUUCCUUGGUGUGAUGGUAAUCAAUCUGGUUGGAUCUUACUUGACUAUCAAAACUUCAUCUUUGAUUCUACUGGUAAUACCCGUAAUCAAUUUCCUCACCUUCGUUUGGAUGCCCGAAUCGCCAAAUUACCUACUGAUGAAAAGUAAAUACGAGGAAGCAAAGCAAAGUUUUAUUUCGUUCAAGGGUUCCGAAGAUGCGGACCACAGCUUGACAGUGAUCAGAACAGCGAUCGAGAAAGAAAAUUUAAGUCAAACGCAAUUCAUUUGCCUUUUUAAAAAGGACAACAGAAAACAAUUACUGGCGACUUUUGGUUUACUGUUCGCUCAACAAAUGAGUGGUAUCACCGCCUUUAGCAUCUACGCUCAAACUAUUUUCAAAGAGGGAGGUGAAGCAAUUUCGCCUCUUUUGUCGGCGGUCAUAUUUCACACCAUACAACUUACAUUUUCCGUACUAAGUGCUGCACUUGUGGACAAACUUGGGAGGAGACCUCUACUCAUAUCGUCUUCAAUUGGAUCAGCUGCAGCGUUGUUUGCUGGAGGAUUGUUCUUUUUCAUCCGAGACGUUGUCAACGUGGAUACUUCCAGGAUUUCGGUGCUUUCAACGAUUAUAUUGUUUAUAUACACUUUCACCUUUUGUUUAGGCUUACAAACUAUGCCUAACUUUAUACCAACCGAACUGUUUCCCACUACCUUAAAGGCGUACGCCUCGACCGUCUCCAACGUACUUUUGUACAGUUUAGGGGCGAUUUCCACGAAAUACUUACAAUUCACUAAAGAUAACUACGGCCUGUUUGUUCCAUUUUGGAGUUUUGCCGUAUGUGUCGCAAUCGGAUUAGUGAUAAUUGUGAAGUACCUGCCCGAAACUAAAAACAAGACAUUGGAAGAGAUUCAAAUCGAACUAAAUCAAUCACCAACGACAGGUGAAGGAAGUUCACAAAAUCCGUGA